GUCAUGACAGCGGUUGUGCUUGCCCUGACUCUGGCCCUUGUGGCAGGUCACGCCUAUGCUGACUUUGCUGCUGGCAAGACAUAUGUCUACAAAUAUGAGGCAUUGCUUCUUGGUGGCCUACCAGAGCAAGGUCUGGCCAGAGCUGGAAUCAAAGUCAGCACCAAAGUUCUCUUUAGUGCCGCUACGGAAAACAUCUACAUGCUGAAGCUUGUGGAACCUGAGCUCUUUGAGUACAGCGGUGUCUGGCCAAAGGAUCCUCUAAUCCCAGCAUCCAAGCUGACAUCAGCACUGGCAGCUCAGCUCUUGACCCCCGUCAAAUUUGAGUAUACCAAUGGUGUUGUAGGAAAAAUGUUGGCCCCUCAGGGAGUCUCCACACUGGUGCUGAACAUCUACAGAGGAAUUCUGAACGUCCUUCAGCUCAACUUGAAGAAGACGCAGAAUGUUUAUGAGUUGCAGGAGGCUGGAGCUCAGGGUGUGUGCAGGACCCUCUAUGCCAUUACUGAAGAUGAAAAAGCAGAACGCAUCCUAUUGACAAAGACCAGGGACCUGAACCACUGUCAGGAAAGGAUCAUGAAGGACAUAGGCCUGGCAUACACUGAGAAAUGUACAAAGUGCCAGCAGAACCUGAGAGGAGCUACCGCAUACAAUUACGUCUUGAAGCCACUUGCUAAUGGCAUGCUAAUCCUCGAGGCAAAAGUCAACGAGUUGAUCCAGUUUUCACCUUUCACUGAGAUAAAUGGAGCUGCUCAGAUGGAGACUAAGCAAUCAUUGGUCUUCCUUGAGAUUGAAAACGCUCCUAUUGUGCCCAUUGAAGCUCAGUAUCUUCAGCGUGGAUCUCUGAAGUACGAGUUCUCCACUGAGCUUCUUCAGACGCCCCUCCAGCUUAUCAAGAUCAAAAAUGUUCAUUCCCAGAUUGUGGAGAUUCUGGAUCAUUUGGUCACCCACAAUGUGGAUAAGGUCCAUGACGAUGCCCCACUCAAGUUUUUGGAGCUCAUUCAGGUCCUUCGCGCAGCACACUUAGUAGACCUGGAAAGACUUUGGAUUCAAUACAGAAACCGCCCCAUCUACAGACAGUGGAUCUUGGAUGCCAUUCCCGUCAUUGGAACACCUGAUGCUCUGAGAUUCAUUAAGGAGAAAUUCUUGUCUGAUGAGCUAACUGUUUCUGAAACAGCUCAGGCUUUGGUUGCAUCUGUUCACAUGGUGGCAGCAAACACUGAGGUCAUAAAGGUGGUUGAGCAACUGGCAGUCAGCAAUAAAAUACUGGAACAGCCAAUUUUGAGGGAGAUCGUUCUUCUUGGCUUUGGCACCAUGAUAUCCAAACAUUGUGCUGAAAAGCCUGUCUGCCCUGCUGAAUUCAUAAAGCCCAUUCAGGAACUCCUUGCAGAAGCUGUUGCUAAAGAUGACACACAGAACAUCAUCCUGCUCCUCAAGGUUUUGGGUAAUGCUGGCCAUCCAAGUAGCAUUAAGCCGAUAACAAAGAUCUUGCCCAUACAUGGCACUGCAGCUGCAUCUUUGCCCACAAGAGUCCAUGCUGAAGCCAUCCUGGCAUUAAGGAACAUUGCAAAGAAGGAGCCCAGAAUGAUCCAGGACUUGGCUCUUCAGCUCUACAUAGACAAGGCUCUUCAACCAGAGCUUCGUAUGCUUGCAUGCAUGGUGCUGUUUGAGACAAGACCUCCAGUGGGUUUGGUAACAUCUCUUGCCAGCAUUGUGAAAGCAGAGAAAAAUCUGCAGGUUGCAAGCUUCACUUACUCUUACAUGAAAUCCUUGACCAAGAGCAACAGUGUUAUGCAUAACUCAGUGUCUGCAGCUUGCAAUGUUGCUGUCAAAAUCUUGAAUCCACUUCUGGGCAGACUGAACAUGCGUUUCAGCAAAGCCGUCUAUGCAGACAUCUAUAACAGUCCCUUGAUGCUGGGUGCUGCUGCCACUGCUUUCUAUAUCAACGAUGCUGCCACUCUUCUGCCCAAAUCUAUUGUGGCUAAGACCAGUGCCUACCUUACUGGAGCUGCUGCUGAUGUUUUGGAGGUUGGAGUAAGAACGGAGGGACUCCAGGAAGCUAUUCUGAAAAACCCUAACAUUAUUCAGAGUUCUGACAGGAUCACCAAGAUGAAGCGUGUCAUCAAGGCUCUUUCUCAGUGGAGAGCUCAGCCCAACAGCAGUCCCCUGGCAUCUAUCUAUGUCAAGUUCUUCGGACAGGAAAUUGCCUUUGCCAACAUUGACAAAGCCUUGGUUGAUCAGAUCAUUUCGCUUUCCACUGCACCCUCUGUCCAGUCACUUGGUAGAGAUGCAAUCAAGGCUCUGCUGUCCGGUGCUUCCUUCCACGUUGUUAAGCCUCUGCUGGCGACUGAGGUACGGCGCAUCCUGCCUACUGCUGCUGGUCUUCCAAUGGAGCUCAGUCUGUACACAGCUGCUGUGGCUACUGCAGCUAUUCAAAUCAAGGCCACCACAACACCAGCUCUGGCUGAAAACUUCCAUCUCGCUCACCUCCUGAAGACAGACAUGCAGCUUGAGACUCAAAUCAAACCUAGUGUUGCUGUGAACACGUUUGCUGUGAUGGGGGUAAACACGGCUGUACUUCAGGCUGCCCUACUGACAAGAGCCAAGCUCAACUCCAUUUUACCUGCCAGAAUUUCUGCAAGACUUGAUAUCAAUGAGGGCAACUUCAAGGUUGUGAUUCUGCCUGUUUCUGUGCCUGAAGAAGUUGCAUCUGUGCAUGUUGAGACUUUUGCUGUGGCAAGAAAUAUUGAGGAUCUUGCUGCUGCAAAGAUCACUCCUCUUAUUCCUGCCAAAGUAUUGGAGCCCCUCUCAAGUCAGAUUCUCACAUCGAAGAUCACUUCUGCUUCAGAUAGCCUGACAAGAUCCUUGGAAAUCCUUGACCAGGAAGUGGAAUCUUCAAGGCCUAAUUUAAAACCCAAAGCAGCUCAGUUUGAGAAGAAGUACUGUACCAAAGCUGUUGGACUGAAAGGCUGCAUCAAGAUUGCCACCGAUAAUGCUGCUUUCCACAGAGACGUUGCCCUGUACAAACUGGCUGGAAAACACUCGGUCGCUCUUUCUGUGAAACCAAUUGAAGGUGAAGCCAUUGAAAGACUGGAGAUGGAGAUUCAAGUUGGACCAAAGGCUGCAGAGAAGCUAAUCAAGCAGAUCAAUCUGAGUGAAGAGGAGUUGGUUGAGGGAAGACAAGUCUUGAAUAAGCUCAAGAGAAUUCUGGCUCCUGGUCAUAAGAACAGCACUUUGUCUUCCUCCUCUAGCUCCAGAAGCUCAAUCCAUAGUUCAAGGUCUUCAUCUGCCUCUUCAAGUUCCUCUAGAUCUCUCAGAAGGUCCAGCUCUGCAUCAAGCCUUGAAUCGCUCUUUGGUGCAAUCUCAAUCUCAUCUCGUUCCAGUGCUCGUCUCUCAAAGGAAGUGAUUUAUCAACCCAACUUCCAAAAGCACCAUAAGAGACAGGCUCAUAUCUCUCAAACCACCUCUGCAAAACGGUCCAUGGAGAGUUUUGAAGCCAUCCACAAGAAGAACAAAUUCCUUGGCAAAGAAAUUGCUCCAGCCCUUGCUAUUAUCUUCCGUGCUGUCAGAGCUGACAAACAGGUGCAGGGAUACCAACUGGCUGUGUACUUGGACAGACCUACUGCCAGACUUCAGAUCAUUCUGGCUGCCUUGGCUGCUGAUAACAAGUGGAAGUUAUGUGCUGACGGAGUUCUGCUCAGCAACUUCAAAGUCACCGCAAAAAUCGGCUGGGGAGAUGAAUGCAAGCAGUACGACACCGUCAUUACAGCAGAGACUGGUCUUGUUGGUCAAAGCCCUGCAGCUCGUCUUAAAGUGACAUGGACCAACCUACCUUCUGCUUUUAAACGCUAUGCACAGAAGGCAUACGACUACAUUCCUGCUAACAUGCUGGCCGGUUUUGUUCAAGGAAAGGACGAAAAAAGCCCCGAGCAGCUCUCACUUACUGUGAUUGCAACGUCUGACAAAAAAGUUGACUUUGUCUGGAAAACACCUAUGCAUAUUGUAUAUCAGAUGUCUUUGCAACUUCCAAUUGCUCUGCCAUUGGAUAGAAUCCACGGUCUUACCCCAAUCAACAACAUUGUUGAUAAGACCCACCACUUGCUUGGCAUAGCUGGUGCAGCUGAAUGUAGCUUUGACGGAGACACACUGACCACGUUCAACAACAAGAAAUACAAGAAUGAGAGGCCUCUGUCUUGCUACCAAGUUCUAGCACAGGAUUGCACUGAUGAGCUGAAAUUCAUGGUUCUUCUGAGGAAGGAUCAACUUGAACAGAACCACUUGAAUGUGAAGAUUUCUGAUAUUGAUAUUGACCUGUAUCCGAAGAACAGUGUUGUGGUUGUGAAGGUCAAUGGAUUGGAAAUACCCAUCAGCAGCCUGCCAUACCAGCAUCCCACAGCUAAAAUCCAGAUAAUACCAAAUGGAAACGGUGUUUCUGUACAGGCUCCUAGCCAUGGUCUUCUUGAAGUCUACUUUGACAGGAACUCAUAUAGGAUUAAAGUUGUAGACUGGAUGAGGGGACAGACUUGUGGACUCUGUGGAAAGGCUGAUGGGGAAGUCAAACAGGAGUUCCGCACACCCAGUGGACGCUUGACCAAGAAUCCAGUCACCUAUGCUCAUUCCUGGGUUUUGCCAGCUGAGAGUUGCAGGGACAACACAGAGUGCCGUAUGAAGCUUGAGUCUGUGCAGCUGGAGAAACAGGUCAACAUCCUUGGACAGCAGUCCAAAUGCUUCUCUGUUGAGCCAGUGCUGCGCUGUCUACCUGGCUGUUACCCUGUUAAGACCACAACUGUCACCGUUGGCUACCACUGCCUGCCUGCUGAUUCUGCUUCAAAUCAGCAAGAGAAACUUCACAGCAUCUUUGAAAACAGCGUCGACCUGAGGGAAACAGCAGAGGCUCACCUGGCCUGCAGCUGCACUGCUCAGUGUGCUUAAGAACACUUUCUUCUGUCAGUCACCAUUAUGUUUUGAAUAUGAUUUCAAAUUAAACGAAUGAACAACUCAAACAA